GAUCGGCCGGCGCGCGCGCACGCGCUAGUGAGUGUUAGACGUGACCAGUGUUUCAUAAUAGUGAUUGUUUACUUUUAUUGGCCGCAAAAACGACUUCGGACUAGCCGCACUCAGCCGACUCAAAAGAGAUAACGACCGUCUUAAUGCCUCCGUCAGGAUCAGUGGCAGGACAGACGUAAACCAAACGAGAAACUAGACGACAAUGUGACGAAGCCGUUCCCGCCAAAACGACUGUCCGCCAUCUUGAUUACAAGCCGUGUUGCCAGGUGUAAGAUGGCGCUAGUGUGGUAUAUGUUGGCGCUGCUGGCGGCGGCGCGGGCGCAGUCCAACUACGGGUCGCAGGCCAACAACAUCGAGUACCAGGGCGAAGGCCUGCCCGACCAGACCGUGCUCGAUGGGAAGGUGACGAAGCUGGACGACCUCAGCCCGGUGAUAUUCCUGAACAGAACGCGCGCGACCCUCAACUGCGCCGCCGGCUCCAUGCAGAUCGAGUUGAAGUUUAACGAGAAGUUCUACGGCAUCGCGUACGCGGACUUCGACCGCCACUCCGCUUGCCAGGUCGCCGGCAAGGGGGCCACGUCCUACAAGCUGGAACUGCCGCUGAAGGGAUGUGGGACCAAACAGGACCCUCUCCGCGUGUUCACGAACAACAUCGUGGUGCGGUUCCACCCGGGUCUGGAGAUGGACGGCGACGAGGUCAUCACCAUCGUCUGCCGCUACCCCCCGCCCAUCGUGCCCGCCUUCAAACCGCUUAUAUACACGCCAGAAGUCCCCGGUCCUCUUCCAGCGAAGACGCCGUUAGCGGGCACUCACAUCCUGAUGAUCAUCUGUGCUAUUCUCUUCUUGACUCUGCUGCUGCUAGGUCUGGGAGUCUCCUACUUGUGCCUCAGAAGACGAGCCAUACCAGCUCCAAGAAGACUGAUAGAUGACUCCUCUGCUUCGAUCAUCAGUAGAGAAAGCAUACAGGAGGUGAAGAUCCCCCGCGCGCACCCGGUAUACCCCGUAGCGGCGGAGAGUGCUAGUGUGGUAUCAGAUACAAUACCGUCUGACUACCCGUCAGAGACGCCGAGCGAGGCUGAGGCCGCGCACACCAACCAGGCCUUCAUCAUCAACGAGUAUCAGAGUGAAGGUUACGGCGAAACGCACGAGACGAGCGUAACCAACGGGCGCGCGUUCGCUGCGGCGCCGGCGUUCGACGUGCGCGUCCGCGUGCAGCGCCCGCCCGCCCCGCCCUCGCCGCAGUCCACUAUUACUACCACCGAGGUGGACGGUGGCAGCAUGAGGCAAACCCACAUUCUCGAGGAGCAUGAGCGUCAGGAAUCAGUACGCACGAUGUCGCCAGGCGCGUUGCCGCUGCCCGCUCGAGACGCGCGCGCGCCCGCACCGCCGCGCCCGCCACGCCCACCGCAGUACACGCAGGUGCAACGACAGGAAUGGGCGCGCGGGCCGCGGUCCAUCGCGUCGCUCAACACGGAGAUGACUGACACACACUCUGUCACUGAAGUGACUGACGGUAGCCACGCGAAGAUGUUCCAUAUCAAGAAAGCGCCACCACCGCCGCCAGUGAUGAGGGAGCGGCUGGAGACAGAGGAGCAGGAACUGCUGAUGGAAAGCCUGGAACCGCUACCGGCAGCUCCAGUUAUGCCAGCCAGGAAACCCGAAAUAUCUUCACACGUGGUCGACGACGUGUUCCUCCGGACGAUCACGGAGAAGAAGACGAUAGAGGACAUCGAGCGUCACAAGCGGCUGGUGACGGAGUACCGGCAGGUGCCCGCGCCGCAGCCGCAGUUCGACGUCACCAUCCGCAACCACACCCUGCCCGAGGCGCAGUGGGAGAACUUCUCUGACAUCAGCAGCGCCUCAGGGAUGACGCUGACGCCGAAGAUGGAGAGGGUGCCGCUGUCGUUGCCGCCGCAGAAGUAUAUUGGCAAGAGUGGCCCCGAGUUAUUCUCCCCCGAGCUGAUCAAGCAGACGAGCGCAGCGUACUCCGAGCUCCCGCUACUACCGGAACUGCCAGUGGCGCGCAACCCUCUCUUCCAAGAUGACGAGGACGUGCCGCCGCCGACGCCCGCACCUCCGGUGCCGCCCAACUGGCCGCAGCUGACCCGUGUGCUGAGUACUGAAGCGCAGGAUGAGGUGCUAUCAGAAACGGAGCGCGCGUACCGUCUGACGCGCGAGGAGCGUCUCCGCUGGCGCGAGCUGAUCACUCACGAGAGCACUCUCCGCCGGGAGCUGGCCAGGUCCUCCACCAGGGAAGACUUCGUCCGCUUAGCCCACGACCAGAGAUUCGCUCCGUUGUACGACCCACCCAAGUGGGAGGUUAUCAUUAGGAUCUUGGCUCCACCUCCUGAUAAACCGAAGAACCGCUACAGGAAGAAGUCUGAAUGGGAGUCGCGGUCUCGCCGCAGCUCCCUGCCGACGCUGUACGAGUACGACAGCGACGCGACGUCACUCCGCGAGCCGCAGCGCUCCCGCCGGUCCUCGUACAGAAGCGACCAUGUUGAUAUGAGAUCGAUGUCAGAGAUGAUGGUGGACUACGCGCGGGAGCAGGCGGACAGCCACUCGGAGGUGUCGGCGGGCACGCUGCUCGGCCGCUACUACGACGACGACAGCGACUCCGAACAUCCGUACCAUCACAACCAGUCGUGGCGCAACUCCCUCCACCGGUCAGUCAGCCAGCCGUCACUGGCGCGGUCCGCCACCGAGGUGGUGGAGCAGUGGACCGCCCCCGACGGUGACGUCACACCCACACCCACGCGCCGACUUAGAGGGCCUCAAGGAAUGACAUCGUUCACAACAUCCGAAGUGCGCACUUUCCAAGCAUCCAGAGAAUGGAGGGAGUAAAUCGAAAAAUGGCGUGUUCUUUAAACAUAGGAACUUUAAAUUCAACAGUGCCAAUAAAAA